AUGUAUAAAUUAUGUGAUUUAAAAAAAAAAAGUGAAGCAAAAAUAAAAAAAUGUUAUGAAUUAAACAGUGAAGACACUAAUGAUAAUGAAGAUAAUAACAUUCUAAAUAUAAGGAGAAAAAUUUUUUCUCAUCAUAAUAUAUUAGAUCAAUUAGCUAUCUUAAAUAAAAAAAAAAAAACUUCUAUUGAAGAAAAUGAUGUUUGGGAUGUUAUAUCAAAUAUAUCCAAUUAUUCUUCUGAUAAUAACAAAGAAACAGAAAAAAAAAAAAUCUUAAUUUGUUUAGGUAAUAAUAACUUUGGUCAGCUAGGUUUUGAUGAAAAUGACUGGAUAGGAUAUAUAGAUUUUUCAACUGUCGUUAUUAAUAAAAAUAAAUCGGGUCCAUUUGACGAAAAAAAUAAAAAGAGUAAGGAGUUUAAUGCUAUAACAAAUAAAUUAAAAAAAAGGAGAAAUUCUAUGUAUAAUAACUAUUUGCGCAAUAAUCUAUGCAAUAAUGAAAUAUAUAAUAAAAUAUUAACAAGUUUGCCAAACGAUUUUCAUUUAUCAACUAUAGAAAAAAAUAAAAAUAAAAAUAAAACUAGAAAAAAUAAAAAUGAUGAUAUCAGUAAUUAUAAUAAUAAUAAGAUUGAUAGUUAUAAUAGUGAUGAUAUAAAUAACAAUAUUAGUGAUAUUAAUAAUAAUUCUAAUAAUGAUGAUAAGUUAAUUUAUGGCAAUAAAAAUGAUGAAAAUAAUUGUAAUGAUAAUAAAAAUCAUGUUGAAAAUUUAAGAGAAAUAAAAUUAAAAAAAAAUAAUAAUGAAGUAGCCAAUAUUAAAGUGGAUUAUAUUUCUAAUAAUCAAAAGUAUUUUAUUACUAAUAAUAAUUUGAAGAGGAAUAAAUAUAAGGAAAGUGUGAUGGGAAAAAAAAAAUUUUUUUCUGAAAAUGAAAUGAAUUAUAAAGAAUUCAAAGAAAAAUUAAAACAAUAUGAUGAUUUCCUAAAUAUGAAUGAAAAAGAAAUUAGUAGCAAUAACAAUAAAAUAAAAUUAAAAAAUGAAGAGAACAAUUUAUUUAUUCCUCAAAUAAUUAAAUGCGGGAAGUAUCAUUCUGCUGUUGUUAGUGAAAAUGGUUUUGUUUGUUUAUGGGGAUUAAACUACUAUGGCCAGCUAGGAAUAGAUCCUAGAAACUCUAUUUAUACAUGCUAUAAAAAAACGAAAUUUAGAAAAUUUAAAAAAAAGAAAAAAGAAAAAUGCUGUCCACUAAUCCAAAAGGAGAAAACAAUUUUAUCUCCAUAUAUAUAUAAAUUAGUACCUUUAAAGCAAUUUGGUUACAAACAUAAAGUAAAAAAUAUUAGUUUAGGAGCAUUUCAUACUUUAAUAUUAUCUUACGAUGGUUAUAUUUUUACUUUUGGUUGUAAUAAAAAAUCUCAACUAGGAUUACCCGACUAUUAUAAUAAAAAAAUUUCUUACACAAGUAAGCCUUUUCUAAUUCCUAUUAAUAAUAAUUCAAAUAGAAUUUUAAAAUCUUAUAACGAUAAAAAAAAUAAAAAAUCUUUCUUCUCAACCAACAUGAUUUAUUCUAAAAUUGUUCAUCCAAUUAUAUACAUAACUUGUGGAACAUACAAUAGUGGUAUUAUCGACGCAAAUAAAAAACUGUGGUUAUGGGGAUGGAAUCAAUUUGGGCAAAUUGAUAACUCUUAUAUAAAUGAGAAAAUAAAAAGAAGAGAAAAGAAAGAAAAGGAAAAAUAUGAAAUAAGCACAAAAAAUAAUAUAAGAAAAUUACAAAAAAUAAAGAAUUUAAAAAAAAAGAAACCUUAUGGGAAUAUAGAAAAUUAUCAAAAAAAAGAAAAGAUAAAUAACAAAAAUGUCAAUAUACCAAGAAAUAUAAAGAUAAAAAAAAAAAAAAUCAUACAAGUCAGCUUAGGUAAAUAUCAUAGUUUGUGCUUAACAGAAGAUGAAUCUAUUUAUGUAUGGGGAUAUCUGAAUAAAGAAGAAAACGAAAAAUGUUGUUGUAUUUCAUCUAAUAAUUAUUAUAAAAAUGUAACAACAGUAACAAAAAUAAAAAUUUUAAGUAAUUUACAUAUAUCAAGUAUUACUUCUUCUAGUACACAUGUAGUCUUUGUUGCACCUAUAAAGUAUGUAAAUGAGAAAAAUACUUUUAUGAAAUUAAAUAAAAUUUGGAAUAAAUCAAAUAUAGUCAAAAAAGCUGGUGACACUUUUAGAUAUAAUAUAUUGUCAAAAAAUGAGAAUAAUAAUGAAACAUUUUUGAAAUAUGAUCCUUACAAUUUCUUAAAUAGAGGAGGAGACAAUGUAUUUUAUAUAAAGUAUACGGAUUUAUAUCACUUAAUAAAUUUCAACGAAAAUGUAAAUAAAGUGGAUAAUUUAUGUAACGCUUAUCCAAUUAUGAAUGAUGAUAUUUAUUAUAACAAUAAAAAUAAUAUUUUAAAAAAUAAUCUUUUUAGUCAAUACUUAGAUAAAUCUAGAAGUAAUCUUAAAAUAGAAAAUAUAUUAAAACCGUUAUUCUUUACUCACAGUUAUAAUUUUCCUGAAAUAAAUUCUUUACAAAUAUUUCAAGUUGGUAUUGGAAAGAAUUUUUGUAUUUUUAUGACAUCGUCCCCUUCUAUAAAUAAAAUUUUGAAUAAUAAAAAAAUUGAUUAUAUAAACAACAUUUGUUCUUUAGGUUUACUUAGAAAUAAAAUACCUGAAAGAAAUAUAUUCGUUAUAGGAAAAUCGGAUUAUAAUCAAUUAUGUUUGCCUGGUAAUAGUAAGCAUACAGAUAGUCCUAUUUAUUUAGAUAAAAAUAAGUUAAUAGAUGAAGUGCUAAAAAGAAAUAAAAAAUGUAAUUUCUUAAAUAUAUCUAAUAAAAAAAAGUAUUCAGAUCAAAUUAGCUACAAUAAUAAAUUACUUUACUUAAAAAAAUAUGAAGAAAGAAUAAAAAAAAGUAUAGCAAAUUGCAACUUAUUAUAUAAUGAUUUUCAUCGACAUAAAUUUUCCUUAAUUAUUGAUACGAGUAAUUCAAAUAAAAAUUAUCGUCCUUAUAAAUUAAAUGAAUCAAAUUUAAGUGUUUCUGGUCAAAAUAAAAAAUCAAUAUCUUAUACUCAAUCAUUAAGAAAUAGAGACAGUAAUAAUAAUUUUAAUCUAAUAACAUAUAUAGAAAAAGAAGAUUUAAAAAUAGAUGAAAAUUAUGUAGAAAAAUACUACAAAACAGAUUUGAAAAGUAAACACAUUGCCUCUAUUAUAGAAGAUCGGGAAAAAAGUAUUGAUGAUAAUUCUAAAAAAAUAGAUAAAUACAAUUUUUCAUUUAAUUUAUUAAAUAAAAAAUACUCUAAAAAUUCUUUUAAUUCUCAUAUGCAAGAAUUAGGUGAUAGUUUAAACGAAAAAUUAAACACAGAAUUAGAAAGUGAAGAUGCUAUUUCUUUUAGAUUUCAGUGUGAUAAUAUGAAAGAAAAUAAAAAAGAAAAAUUACUCCAUUUAAUUAAAAACCAAGGAUAUGUAAAUUUACUGAAUCAGGAUGCAGAUGUUAACAGCGAAAAAUCAAAUGAAAAGUCAAUCAAUAGUGAUUUUGAAAUAACUGAAACAAACCACAAUCCUUUUGAAGAAUUUUAUGAAUGUUCUUCUCAUAAAAUAUUAUGUACGAAUUUAAAUUUAAAUACUAAUGAUAAAGAAAACAUCAAAAAAGGAGAACAUUUUAAUUUAAACUCUUAUAACACAGUUAUAGAUAAAAGAACAAGUAAUAUUACAAAUAAAAGUUUAACUAGUUUUCAAUUUAAAGAUGAUAAACAAAAUUCUAUUUCUACAAGGAAAAAAAGUAACUCAGUAAAUAAAAAAGAUCUUUUUAGAUGUAUGAUAUUAAAAGCUAUUGAUAAUAUAAAUGAUAAUUGUUUUGAUGAUAAAAAUGAAAAAAGGAAAUUGAUUGGUUAUGAAAAAGUUAAAUCAAAAUUUAAAGUUUUUAAAAAAAGAAAUACUUGUCUAUGGAAUUAUUUCACUUAUCACGAAACAAAAAAAAAGAACCCCUCAAAUUAUAAUUUAUCAGAAAAAAUUGUUAAUAUUACACUAUUAGAUGUUGCUUGUGGUGAUUAUCAUUCUUUAAUAUUAUUAGAAGUAGACAUUCUAACAUAA